AUGGAUGGCCAUGCCCAGCCUGUUGGCACUGUCAAGGUCCUCGCUCUGUCCCUAAAGACUCUGGACGCAUUUCUCAUGAUCCAGCACCACAAGACUACCAUCUUCACGGACGCCAAGGAGUCGAGUACCGUGUUCAAGCUGAAGCGCAUCGUUGAGGACAUCCUCAAGCGGCCGCCCGAUGAGCAGGGGCUGUACAAGGAUAUCCAGCUCCUUGACAAAGGAACAACUCUGGGCGAGUGUGGCUUCACUAGCAAGACAGCAGGGCCACAGGCCCCAGCCACAGUGGCCUUGGCCUUUCGAGAGGAUGCUGCCUUCGAAGUACUGCGCAUUGAACCGUUCUCCAGCCCUCCAGAGCGUCCAGAUGUGAAGCCACAGGACUCUGGAGGCAGUGCCAAUGAACAAGCGGUGCAGCGAGGGUCCCAGGCCCACCCCCCAGAGGCCAAGUCCCUCAAAAGGGGGAGGGAUAACCACCGAAGAGAAGCGAGUGUCACUUCCUCCGAGAGGAACACCGCUUCGUCUUUGACAGAGUUCUGGGUCCUUGUGCUGCUCAGGUAUGGGGUUCUGAGAAAGGGGCGGGAGGAGAAGGAAAGCUCGCAGGCCUCUGCAUCUUGGGAUUCUGACUGGUCCAGUUCUUUUGCGCAGAGCAGGCUGUAA